AUGUCGUUUACCUCUGCCGUCCUUGCUCUUUCCCUGCUACUUUCUCAGGUCGCAGCCACGCCUACUUUACACAAAAACAGCACCUUGAAUGCUCCUCGGAAAAUCGGAAAACGCUGCACUGGUGAAAUUACAUCCCUUGACGAUGUCGCGGCUGCCGAGGAAUGUACGACUAUUGUUAUUGGCGGCUUCACCGUUCCUGCUGGUCAAACAUUCACACUGAAUCCUCCUGAUGGUGCACAAGUAUCGUUAACCGGAGAACUCACCUUUGGCUUCGAGAACUGGGCGGGGCCUCUUAUGGAGAUUACCGGAAACGACAUCACAUUCAACGGAGGCGGACACGACCUAAAUGGCCAGGGUACGCUGUAUUGGGAUGGAGAAGGAAUAAGCGGCGGUGUCACGAAACCUGACCCAUUGCUCCGUAUCAACAUGGGCGGAACAUUCAGUGAUGUUCAAGUCGUCAAUUCUCCUGGAAGAGCUGUAGCUAUCGGCGGAAGCUCUCUCACUGUUAGCGGCGUUAUCGUCAACAACGCUGCUGGUACCGCUGCCAACAGUCUCUCAGGCGGUAAUCCUGCAGGCGCAAAUACAGAUGGAUUCGACGUGUCUGCUAAUGAUGUUACCAUCACCGGCUGCACUGUCAACAACCAAGAUGAUUGUCUUGCUAUCAACAAAGGGACUUCCAUCACCUUCUCAAACAACAUUUGCGAAGGAAUAGGACAUGGUAUCUCCAUUGGCUCCAUCACCAGCGAUGUCACCGUUUCCGGCGUCACUAUCUCCGGGAACACCGUCACCGGAACGGUCAAUGGUCUCCGAAUCAAGACCGAUGCUACAGCUACAGGCUCAAUAGUUGAAAAUGUCAUUUACGAAAAUAACAAGCUUUCUGGAAUUACCGAGUUUGGUGUCCUCAUUGACCAGAGCUACCCCAGUACCCUUGGUACACCUGGUACAGGUGUCAUCAUCGAGAAUGUGAGCUUUGACGGCACAAACACUGUUGCUGUUGGUAGCUCUGCGCAUCGUGUUGAGGUCAACUGUGGAAGCACAAGCAGCUGCACUGGGACCUGGAACUGGGCUGGUCUUGAUGCUACGGGUGGUACUGGUUCAACUGUCAAGAAUGCUCCAAUUGUUGGAGGUACUUACUAG